AUGGUCCAGCAAGCGGAAAGCCCCGAACCGGAGAACAACCUGCCCAGGGAAGCGAUGGAUACCGAAGAAGGGGAGUUCAUGGCGUGCAGCCCGGUGGCGCUGGAUGAGAGCGACCCGGAUUGGUGCAAAACGGCCUCGGGGCACAUCAAGAGGCCGAUGAACGCCUUCAUGGUGUGGUCCAAGAUCGAGCGGAGAAAGAUCAUGGAGCAGUCGCCGGAUAUGCACAACGCCGAGAUCUCCAAGCGCCUGGGCAAGCGGUGGAAAAUGCUCAAGGACAGCGAGAAGAUCCCGUUCAUCCGGGAAGCCGAACGGCUGCGCCUUAAACACAUGGCCGAUUAUCCCGAUUACAAAUACCGGCCGAGGAAAAAGCCCAAAAUAGACCCGUCGGCUAAACCCAGCGCCAACCACAGCCCGGAGAAAAACACACCCACCAGCACCGGCGGCGGCGGAGGCGGAGGCAACAGCAACGGCGGCAAGAGCGCCAAGAGCUCCAGCAAGAAAUGUAGCAAAGGGAAAACCUCCUCUUCCUCCUCUUCCUCCUCCUCCUCCUCGUCGUCUCCCCCGAAGGCCGGGACGAAGCUGGCCCCCCACCCGGGCGACUACGGGGGAGAGGAUUACCACCAGUUCGGGGCGCUGAAAGUGAGCAGCAAGACCAUCAAGUGCGUCUUCAUGGACGAAGACGAGGAGGAGGAGGAGGACGACGACGACCUGCAGUUGCGGAUCAAGCAGGAGGAGGACGAGGAGGAGGAGGAAGAGGACCACCAUCAUCAUCAUCACCAGCAGCAGCAGCAGCAACAGCAGCAGCAGCAGCAGUUGAGGCGGUACAACGUAGCCAAAGUCCCGGCCAGCCCCACCUUGAGCUCCUCGGCGGAGUCCACCGAAGGGGCCAGCCUGUACGAGGAGGUGAGGGGGGCCGCCGGCCCGCAUGGCGCCAGCGCUAGCAGACUCUACUACGGCUUCAAGAGCAUGCCCAAGAGCGCCCAGCAGCCCAGCCUGUCCCCGGCUUCCUCCCGGUCCGUCUCCACCUCCUCCUCCUCCUCUUCUUCCAGCAGCGGCGGCGAAGAAGCGGACGACCUGAUGUUUGACUUCAGCUUGAAUUUCUCCCAGCACACCCACGCCGCCUCGGAGAUGGGCGUGAGCUCCGCGGCGGGCAACCUCUCCCUUUCGCUCGUGGACAAGGAUUUGGAUUCGUUCAGCGAGGGCAGCUUGGGCUCCCACUUCGAGUUCCCCGAUUACUGCACCCCGGAGCUGAGCGAGAUGAUCGCGGGCGACUGGCUGGAAGCGAACUUUUCCGACUUGGUUUUCACUUACUGA